AUGACCCUGCCCACCCUAACAAACCUUCUAAUCAUAACCUUAUCCUAUAUUCUCCCCAUCCUAAUCGCCGUGGCCUUCUUAACACUUGUAGAACGAAAAAUCCUAAGCUACAUGCAGGCCCGAAAGGGCCCAAACAUUGUGGGCCCUUUUGGUCUACUCCAACCCGUUGCAGACGGGGUAAAACUAUUCAUUAAAGAGCCAAUCCGACCAUCUACCUCCUCCCCCUUCCUCUUCAUUAUUACUCCAAUCCUAGCACUACUCCUAGCCCUGACUAUUUGAGUCCCCCUCCCACUACCAUUCCCCCUUGCAGACCUCAACCUAGGACUACUAUUUCUCCUAGCCAUAUCAAGCCUAACUGUCUACUCUCUACUCUGAUCCGGAUGAGCAUCAAACUCCAAGUAUGCCCUAAUCGGAGCCCUUCGAGCCGUCGCACAAACAAUCUCAUACGAAGUCACCCUAGCCAUCAUCCUGUUAUCCACAAUCAUACUGAGCGGCAAUUACACCUUAAGCACCCUGGCCAUCACCCAAGAGCCCAUCUACCUCAUUUUUUCCGCAUGACCCCUCGCAAUAAUAUGAUACAUCUCUACCCUUGCUGAAACCAACCGCGCCCCAUUUGACCUAACAGAAGGAGAGUCAGAGCUAGUCUCAGGAUUUAAUGUAGAAUAUGCCGCCGGACCAUUCGCCAUAUUCUUCUUAGCCGAAUACGCCAACAUUAUACUAAUAAACACACUAACCACCGUCCUAUUCCUGAACCCAAGCUUCCUAAAUCUCCCACCAGAAUUAUUUCCCAUUGCACUCGCUACAAAAACCCUCCUCCUUUCAUCCUCAUUUCUAUGAAUCCGGGCCUCAUAUCCACGGUUCCGCUAUGACCAACUAAUACAUCUUCUAUGAAAAAACUUCCUCCCCCUAACCCUAGCCUUAUGCCUCUGACAUACCAGCAUACCAAUCAGCUACGCCGGCCUCCCCCCAAUCUAA